GUCCUUUAAAGAUGGCGUUCGGCCCAGAGGGACCGGCCUGACCGACAGAGACAGAGAGAUCAGUAAGACCCGGGGUUAAAGCAGGCGGGCGGGAAACCGAUCCCGUUCUACCUGAAGAUGAUGGAUGCAUUGUCUGAAGAUCCUGAAGUUACUUUGAACCUGCAUGGUACUUACACCAAAUUGUUCCUGAUACCAGCUUUGGUGGGGUUUGUUACCACGUUUCUGUUUAUACAAAGGAUCUGCCGAGCAAUCAAAAGCAGAAGGUACUUGGGGAGAGAAAAACAACUCGCAGGAACAGUUUCUCAGCUACUUGAUGAAAAAUGUAAAUUUCUCGAAAGACUAAGUGAUUGCACACAAAAGUACAAAGAAUUUGAAUCAUCCGUAAAGAAUGCUGCUGACUUAAAAGAAUCAACAGAAACAAAAACUUUACAGCUUCAGGACACAUAUGCCAAAUUGGAUAAAUCAAAUGGCAAUCUUAGACAAACCGUUGAUCAGCUCACACGGGACCUAGAGGAAGAAAAGCAAACGAGAUCCCAAUGCAGCAAUCUGAUUACAGAAAUCCAAGCAAAUUUAACUGCCCUAGAAAAUGAAGAACAGAAUCUUCAAGUCCAAAUUGAAGAGACGACAAAUGAAUUAAAAGCAAUUCAGAUUAACAACUCAAAGCAUCAGGAAUCCUUCCAAACUGCGCAAGAAGAAAAUCAUCAUCUUAAACAAAGCAAAGAACAGCUAUUGCAAGAAUCAGAAGGGUGGGAGGAGCGGUACAGUGAACUUACUGAACAAAUUAAAUUAUGUGAGAAGUCACAGAAGGACAUUCGGAGAGUUUUUGCAAGUAAAGAGAAUGAGGUGAAGACUCUGACAAGCUGCCUUCUAAAGAUGAAAUUAUGGAAUGUAGCUGAGGAGGAAAGUCCUGCCGAAGAAAUGUCAGAAGAACAACAGAAGGAAAAAAUUGAAAAAUUGAUUUAUGUUGCCAAGUUAAAUGCUGGUUUGAAAUCAGCAGAAGAUGAAAGAAAUCAGAUUUACAGCAAGUUAUCUGAUGAAAUCAAAGCAAAGCAAGAGCUAAUGGAGCGAAUUGAAAAACUUCGAUUAGAGCAGACUUCUGUACAAAAUGAGACAACUCAGUUUGAGACUGAAUACAAGACCAUUCAGCAGAAGUUAAAGAUCAUGACAGAAUUAUACCAUGAGAAAGAAAUGGAGCUUCAAAGAAAUCUGACAUUAGAGGAGCAUCAGCGCCUACAGAAGGAAGAGAAGCUUUCUGAAGUUGAUGAAAAGAUUAAUCAAGCGACUGAGGAGCUCGGUAUUUAUAGGCAACGUGCUAAAGAUCUUGAAGAAGAAUUAGUUAAAACUAUAGAGUCGUAUAAAAAUCAAAUUGUAUCUCAUGAGAAAAAAGCACAUGAUAAUUGGCUGUCCGCUCGUGAAGCAGAUCGAGAGCUUGGCAAUAUUAAAAGAGAGAAUAUUCACCUUCGGCAAAAGAUAACUGAAGCGGAACUCAAAAUGGACAUAGCAUUGAAGGGUCCACUUGUCAAUGAUAUAUCUGGAAGACCAGCAUCAUUAAGUUCGUCAACACUUGUCCCACCUUACAGAGGAAGUUCUCCAUAUGGCUGUUCUCCAGUGGGUCGACCUGGCUCUGAUUCCGUGGGUUUUCUGUCACCUCCUUUGGUAGAUGGACCCUUAAGGUUUUCACCUUUGUUUCCUGGAAGACCAGAUUUCAAAAGUCCAUCAGUUCAUGCCUCAAAUGAAAAUACAGAUUCGGUCUCUGACCAAUUGUCUGAUCAUCAUGGUCAGCAGUCUGAUAGUGGUUCGUUGUCCCCUGUGUGGGAAAGAGAACGGAAGCUCUUGGAGAUAUCAUCAGGUGAAUGCCCGAUGCUAGAAAGUGGCAUGGAAAUUUCAAAUUCUGCUCCAGGGAAUCAGACCCAAGUCCAUGGUACAUCAAAUAUAUCUAUAAAUCAAACCUUUUCUACUGAAGCUGGCUUUGGGAUUAGACCUGGUUUUGCUUCUGCCUCUGCUAAGCAAAUACCUUCCUUACCUUUUGAUCCACGAGGUCAUUUCCUGCACAGGGGAAUUCCACUUCGUCCACGUAGCGGAAUCUACGGUCUUCCAGAACGCAUCCCUCUAAGAGCUUUUGGUUUACCACCUCAUCCUCCCAUGGGAAUGAGAGAUCCAGUGCAGCCAAGAGUAAACCUACCACCUCAGCCUACAUUUCUUCCAGCUAGACAACUUUUAGAUAUUACAAGUGGUCUUCUUCCGUCUCGACAGCCCCUACCCAAGUUUUCUGCAUCAGAUCACCCCUCACAAGAAAAGUGAAUUAAGGAAAAAGGAGGAGCAUCUCUAUGGCCAUGUUAAGUCAAUAAAGAUGUGAAUUGCAAGUUAGAGUAUAAUUUGUUUGUUAUAAUUGAUAUUUAAUAUGGACUUUCUAGCUUGGAAUAAAGGCACUUUCUGAUAGUGCUGUUUACAAGUUGAACACCUCAGGAGACUUCAUGGAAUUUAUUGAACUUUUACUGUGCACUUAGCUUGCCAUUGUACAAUAGUUUAACAUGCAUUAUUAACAGCAUUGUAUGCUGUAGUUGUGUAUGGAAUUUUGUAAAUGCUCAAGUGAGUUUUUUUUUAAAAAAAACAGUAUUUGAACUGCUAGAAAUCUUAAUCAGAAAAUACCAUAUGUGGUGCUGUCUUUAGUUCCACUUAUGUAAAUGCAGAUUUAUACUCUAAUAUAAAAAGGAAUGUUUGAAGAAUGUUUAGAAUAUAAAAGUUUAUUGUAAAAUACUGAAAAUAAGACAAGUGCUUGAUUUAAA